AUGUCUUACAACAACCGUGACGACAGCUACUCCGGUAGCGGCAACAAUGAUAGCUACGGCUCCUCUGGUCGCUCUGGCGUAGACAGCAGCGACACCUAUGGAUCGUCUGGUCGUUCUGGAAACGACAACUAUGGCUCAUCUGGCCGAUCCGACAAUGAUUCUUAUGGAACAAACAAGUCCUCUAGCAACACCUACGGCUCUGGAAGCAGAGAUAACGACAGCUACGGAUCCUCAGGCCGUUCUGGCAACGACAAUGACAGCUAUGGGUCCAAGCCCAAAGACAAUGACUCUUACGGCUCCGGAAACAACGAUAGCUAUGGAUCCAAGUCCAGAGACAACGACUCCUAUGGCCGAUCCGGUAACAAUGAUUCUUAUGGAUCGACCAAGUCCUCUAGCAACACCUACGGCUCUGGAAGCAGAGAUAACGACAGUUACGGAUCCUCAGGCCGUUCUGGUAACGACAAUGACAGCUAUGGUUCCAAGUCCAGAGACAAUGACUCUUACGGCUCCGGAAACAAUGACAGCUAUGGCUCUAAGUCCAGAGACAAUGACUCCUACGGCUCAUCUGGCCGGUCUGGCAACACUUAUGGCUCCAGCAACAAUGAUGAUAGCUACGGAUCCAAGACCAGAGACAGCGACAACUAUGGUUCGUCCGGCAACGACUCCUAUGGCUCCAAGUCUAGGGACAAUGAUUCCUACGGCACUUCUGGCCGAUCUGGCAACGACAAUGAUACUUAUGGAUCCAAGUCUCGCACUUCCGGCAACACCUACGGAAGCAGCAACGACAACGACAAUGACACCUACUCAUCCACCAAGAAGUCUAGCAACACCUAUGGCUCUAGCAAUGAUGACGACUCGUAUGGAUCCAAGUCCCGCAAUGACAACACCGGAUCUAGCUACCGCGGAAAUGAUAAUGAUGAUGAGAGCAGAAACAAAUCCGCUGCCUCCAAGGUCCUCGGCAAAGUUGGUGAGAUGAUCGGCGAUAAACUCUCCGGCGGCCACGGAGGCUCUGGCUCCAACUACUAA